CACUGUUUACGUAUCAAGAUCCUGGGUGAUUGCUAUUACUGUGUGUCUGGGUUGCCAGAAGCAAGAGCUGACCAUGCACACUGCUGUGUUGAAAUGGGAAUGGAUAUGAUAGAGGCCAUCUCACUAGUCCGGGAGGUGACGGGAGUAAAUGUCAACAUGAGGGUUGGAAUCCACAGUGGGAGAGUUCAUUGUGGGGUCUUGGGCCUUAGGAAGUGGCAGUUUGACGUGUGGUCCAACGACGUUACGUUAGCCAACCACAUGGAAGCAGGGGGCAAAGCUGGGCGCAUCCACAUAACAAAAGCAACCCUGAACUACCUCAAUGGAGACUAUGAGGUGGAGCUGGGCUUUGGAGGAGAACGCAACGCUUAUCUGAAAGAGCACAGUAUUGAGACCUUCUUGAUUGUACGGUGCAGCCAGAAACGGAAAGACGAGAAAGCCACAAUAGCCAAGAUGAACCGUCAGCGUGCUAAUUCCAUCAGCCAUAACCCACCACACUGGGGUGUUGACCGGCCCUUUUAUAACCACCUUGGAGCUCACCAGGUCUCCAAGGAGAUGAAGAGAAUGGGUUUUGAGGACCCCAAGGACAAGAAUACACAAGAAAGUAUGAACCCAGAAGAUGAAGUGGAUGAGUUUCUGGGCCGUGCCAUCGAUGCCAGAAGUAUUGAUCGAUUACGCUCUGAGCACGUGCGCAAGUUCCUCUUAACAUUCAGGGAGCCUGACUUGGAGAAAAAGUACUCCAAGCAGGUGGAUGACAGGUUUGGAGCCUACGUGGCUUGUGCCUCCCUAGUCUUCCUCUUCAUCUGCUUUGUUCAAAUCAUAAUCGUGCCACACUCUACAUUUAUGCUGGGUUUUUAUCUGACCUGUUUCCUGAUCCUGACCACAGUGGUGUUUGUUUCGGUCAUUUACUCCUGUGUAAAGCUUUUCCCAGCUCCACUCCAGACUCUCUCUAGGAAGAUUGUACAGUCCAGGACCAAUAGUACCUUAGUUGGAGUCUUUGCAAUUAUCCUGGUUUUUCUAUCUGCCUUUGUCAACAUGUUCAUGUGCAGCACUGUGGAUCUUGCCAGCUGCAUGGCUGCAGAAUACAAUAUCACUCCUGACCGGGUGGACAUAUGCCUUAUCAGCAACCUGACUUCCAACUACAGCCUGGGCACCUUGCAGGGAUUCUGUGACAGUCCUUUGCCCAACUGCAACUUUCCAGAGUACUUUACCUACAGUGUCUUACUGAGUCUCCUGGCCUGCUCUGUGUUCCUUCAGAUCAGCUGUAUCGGAAAACUGAUCCUUAUGUUAGUCAUUGAAUUUAUAUAUGUUCUCAUUGUGGAAGUGCCAGGGGUCAACCUUUUUGACAAUGCAGAUCUCCUGGUUACAGCUAACACCUACGUGUCUGCAAAUGCAACGUUAUCAUGCUCUCCAGCGAUGACACGAGUUGCGCUGAAGAUUGUGACCCCUGUCAUCAUUACUGUCUUUGUUCUGGCGCUGUACUUGCAUGCCCAGCAAGUGGAAUCCACUGCAAGGCUUGAUUUCCUCUGGAAGCUCCAGGCCACUGAAGAGAAAGAAGAAAUGGAGGAGCUGCAGGCCUAUAACAGACGCCUCCUCCACAACAUUUUGCCGAAGGACGUGGCAGCCCAUUUCUUGGCUCAGGAGCGGCGAAAUGAUGAACUGUAUUACCAGUCCUGUGAGUGCGUGGCUGUCAUGUUUGCCUCCAUAAGCAACUUCUCAGAAUUUUAUGUGGAGCUGGAGGCCAACAAUGAAGGGGUGGAGUGUCUGAGACUGCUCAACGAGAUCAUUGCUGAUUUUGAUGAAAUAAUAAGCGAAGACCAAUUUCGGCAGCUGGAGAAGAUCAAGACCAUUGGCAGCACGUAUAUGGCUGCAUCGGGCCUCAACGAUUCCACUUAUGACAAGGAAGGGAAGACGCAUAUCAAAGCUCUGGCUGAUUUUGCCAUGAGGUUAAUGGACCAAAUGAAAUACAUUAAUGAACAUUCAUUCAACAACUUCCAGAUGAAGAUAGGCCUCAAUAUUGGUCCUGUCGUAGCUGGGGUGAUAGGAGCACGCAAACCCCAGUAUGACAUAUGGGGCAACACGGUGAAUGUCGCCAGCCGAAUGGACAGCACAGGUGUGCCUGACAGGAUUCAGGUAACUACAGACAUGUACCAGGUUUUAGCAGCCAACAACUAUCAGCUGGAGUACCGAGGGGUCAUAAAGGUCAAAGGCAAAGGAGAAAUGACCACCUACUUUCUAAAUGAAGGGCCUCCAAUUAGUUAGCACCAAUUGCAGCAUUACUCAAAGACAGAAUUGCUUUACACGAGGUAGAUUGUGAAUCGGAGAAGAAUCGCUUUUUGGCAGUGAAGCUGAAAACGCAGCGCAGCUGAAACUUCACACGGUGACUCUGGAGCUGGUAUCAGCAAACUCUUUGGCCACCCGUCAUGAAUGGCAAUCGAAAGAAACCACCUUGGCAUUGUUCCUGUCCGAGAGCUAAGUCAACCAAAGAUGUGUACUACAGAGUUCACAGAUAAGACAUGGAUUUGGAAUUUUUAAAAAAGGCUGCUACCACAGGAUGAUAUAAGAAGCUAUUUAAGUAUUUAUUGACGCAACACAACAUUUACUUGGUUGAAGGAAUGUAUGAUUCACUACAAAGCAUUAUUUUGGAAUGGAUUUGCACUCCCAUAAUGUUUCCAUCCCAUACUGCCAGCUAUUUGAAGUGUACCACUGUGCUUUUAUUGGCUGUUUUGAAUGGGCUUUCAAAACUGACACCCACUGUUGCAGCACACGAAAAGGCCUUUUAGAAGGGUGUCCGUAAUGGUUCAGUGUGAAAAGACAUUACAGCCCUGGCCCUCUCUUUUCCCUUCUUCUGUGUGGCUAAAUGACUGCUCUUCUGAGUGGGGCUGGCACAGCCGAUGAAGGGGAACAUCGAGAUAACGGAAGAUGGCUCUACAACCAUAUUUAUUAAGAAGUCUUCUGUGCUCUUCUUUGGUAUAUAUCAGUUUACAUGGGAAAGACUAGAUGUAAACAAGAGACACUUUGUGGGGGGAACUCCCCUGAAAUUUGUUGUGGGUUUUUU